UGUAAUUGAUCCGAACCUGAAGAAAACUCGGCGGAGUUUUGUGAGUUUUUGGGGGCAGAAACAUGAAAGUUCCGGAGGAGGUUUCGGUCCAGGAUGGACUCUAAAGCUCCUCCAGUCGAGGCCGCGGCGUAGGCGAGCGCAGGAUGGGCGGAGCUGCUGCCGGCCGACACGUCCCAGAGCGAGAUUAACUCGUUUUACCUCGAGGCAAAUUACUGUUUACCUUUAAGUGCAGCGGUCUGACAGAACAACUGUGAGAAUGGAGUACGGCGAGCGAGUGCUGUGUGCCACCGGAGAGGUGGAGCUGGACCCCAACAUCGUGAGCGAAGAGGCGGGAAAACUGUAUUCUGAGCUACAGACCAUCAUUGAGACCCACGGUGAAGGAGUGGUGGAGUCCCUGGUUCCCAUCUUCGUGUGGGUUCUGGAGGGUCUGGCCAGCUGCAAGUCCCAGCUGAGGGAGCGAGAGGAGGAAGCCGAGAAGGAGAAGUCUGAGCGGGAGGAGCUUCUGGAGCGAUACCGGGCGGAGCGAGCUCUGAGGAAGGAGAGCCAGGAGAGGUACCUGGAGCUGGACGACCAGACCGAGCAGGAGAGGAGGGCCAUGAGGACCAGGGACAAGGAGAGGGAGCGCCGAGAGAGAGACCUGGAGAAGAAGGCCAGAGAGCAGGCCGAUCAGUUGGUGGCCUUGGAGGAGCAGAAGGCGAGUCUGAGCCGAGAGCUGAGCACCCUGAGACUGACUCACACCAAGUUGGGCCACUCGUAUCGGGAGCUUCUGGAAAAGAAGAAGGACUCUGAGAGGGAUUCUCCUUUAAGGAAUCACGUUCGUCCUCGAAACGCCGACUUUUCCUCCAACCACACCUCAGAAUCCAGCAGUAAUGAAAAGAUGGUUCAGAGACCACAUUCAAACUCCGGUCCUCCCUGUUUGGAGGAUCUUGGAGCCAAAGAAGGGAACGUGAUCAACAUCACCGCAAAACCCACCGUGGACCAGUUCGUCAGUGAAAUCAUCAGCUCCACCCCGGAGCUCAGACAGUUUCACGGCUCCUUGAACGCCAGCACUCCGGUCAGAUCUGACCCCGAAGAGCCGCAGAACGACGAGUCGGAGACGAGCCUGGAGGAGGAGCUGAGGGGGGUGGAGGAGAAGGGAGGAGAGAGGAAGGAGAAGGUGGAGGAAGAGGAGGAGGAGGCGUAUGAAGAGGACAGCGUGGAGUUUGAUCUCCGAAACACCGACUCAGUGUUCUCUGAACUGUCGGAGCUGAGCCGGGAUUACGUGGAGAGUGUCGACCGAGGAGCCAGCAUCAGAGGCAGCGCAGACCAGUUCGAGGAGAUUCUUUCUCAGUAUGAGGAACUGAAAGUCACCCACGAGUUAAUCGAAGCUGCUCGUAAAGCUCUGAUUUCUCGGGUGGUCGAGCUGACCGACGACCGCUCGGCUCAGAAGCUGGAGGUGACGUCUCUCCAGGAGACGGUGUCCCGGCUGGAGGCCAGGAUGAGGGAGAAGGAGGACGAGACGAAGAGGCUUCGUAAAGAGCUGGAGGCGUGUCAGUCUGAGAAUCCAGAUGCUUCGCUGCCGGCCUCCAUGCGUCACUUCUCUCGCUCUGAGAUGGCUCGCGUGGUCAUGGAGAAGAACCAGUACAAGCAGCGUCUGUUCGAGCUGCAGGAGGCGGUUCGACACAGUCAGACCCUCCGAGCGACGAAGGGGGAGAAGUUCACAGACGAGAAAAGGUCCAGUGUUUGGAGAAAAUUCAACCGCUUGUUCGGCCUGACGAAGGCGCCUUUAAUCCCACCGCCACCGUCUGCGCUGGCGACCUCCCCGGCGCUGACCCGAUCUCCUCUGGCAUCUCCGCAGCUUCCGGUCAUCAGUCGGACUCACACCGAGUCUUCGACUCCGGCUGCUCCGUCACCUCGAGCCCGGCGGAGGGAACUCUACCGAGAAAUAAGAUCUCAGGUUUGGGGAACUCUGGGGAAACGGCAGAUCCACGGAUGGAGCCUGCCGCUGGCCAACACUCAGGAGUCGCAGGAACCGGUACCAGAACCUAAAGACGUUCCUGUUCUGAUGCAGCUCAGACUGUUGGAUCAGAGAGAUUCUACAGCGAAGCUGAACUGUGCGGUCGCCGUCACACCUGAGGUCUCAGGUGAAGCCACGUGCUCGGUCUGGGUGGUGUCUGGCCCCGCCUCCUGCAGCGACAUCACCGUCAUCGACCCGGCUCGCUCCAACACGGUUCUGGACCAGUUCAGCCUGCCUCCCACGGCGCCAGCCCUCUGCCUCUGCGCCGUGCCCCCCGUAGGCGACUCGGCAGGAACCGUUUGGAUCGGGACUCAGGAGGGAAGCGUCCUGAUCCACUCGGCCUCGGCCGGACGGAGACGCUGCCUGCAGUCGGCGUCGCUGUCGGAGGGAGUUCACUCGCUCACGUGAGUCUCGGAGAACUCGGGUUUCCAGUUUCAUUUAGCAGACGCUCUCAUCCAAAUAGAUAAUGAAGCUCUGUGACGUGCAGGCGGCUGGAACCUGCGUCCACACUUCAUCAUGCCUCUGGGCCAGAACCCCCUGCAGCCCGUCCGCUGCUGCCUGGCCAAAGGAGGCCGCCUGUGGGUCGGGUACUGGAACCGGGUGCACGUGGUGGACCUGGACGGCAAGAAGGUGGAGCAAACCUUCUCGGUGUCCGAGCGCAGCGAGCAGCAGGUCCGCUUCCUGUGCGCGGCAGGAAGCGGCGUCUGGACCUCGUGCCGCCUCGACCCCGUCCUCCGGCUGUUCGACUGGAGCACCGGGCGGCCGCUGCAGGAGGUCGACUUUGCAGCUGUGGUCACCAGAACUUUAGGCCAGCCCUUCCUGCAGCUCUCGCCGCUCCAGAUCUCCUCCCUGACCGUCGUCUCCGGACGCCUCUGGGUCGGAACCGGAGGAGGAGCCGUCUUCUCCAUCCCGCUGUCCAUAACUUCAGAGGACGUGUCCAUCCCGUACUGCUCCACGGCGUCGGCCCAGCUCUGCUACCACGGACACCGGCAGGCCGUCAGGUUCAUCAUCGCCGCCCCAGGUUGUCUGAUCACGUCUCCCGGCAGCAGCCACAUCACCACGUCGCAGCUCGUCCUCAGCGGAGGGGAAGGCUACGUCAACUUCAGGAUCGGAGACGACGCCGGCGACGACGAACCCGCCGAGGCGUCCCAGUCAGCGCCUCAGAGGUCCGAGCGCAGCCACAUGAUCAUCUGGCAGAACCCGUCGGUGCCGAGCCCGGCUCUGUGACGCCGGACCGACCGGCGCCCGCCCUGAGAACACCCGGUUUACCUCGUCUGUGUUCCACGCCUGUCUCCUGAAGUGACGCCUUCUCGUGUGCCUUCGACGGGUUUACUGUCAGAGCAGCAGAACCGGGUCAGACGGGCUCGGCACUAAUCAUGCGUCCAGUUCACAGACGUUUUACUGGGUCUGGAACCGUCACGCUGUUAGAACAAGUUCUGCUCGAGCAUCUCUGAUUCACUCGCUAUAAAUGAUCAGUAUUUAUGAAGACAUUUGUGAAAUUUCAGAUCUUUCAGAAGACUUUUAAUUUGAAAUACUCGGUCACAAAUUGAGGAUAAAGUUCUUCCAGUUGAGCUUUGAUCACUGAUUGAGCAGAUUUAACAACAAAAACUAAAAGUACUAACUGGACAGUUUAAACCUGGAGCGUGAGAAUAACUUCAGAAUUAACUGACUGGAUGUUCUCUGUGAUCAACGCAAACAGAAUCAUUCAUUUUCUCACAAACCUGAGACGUUAGCGUUUGAUUUUAUCGCAGUAAAGUUUUAUUAUUCUGGACGUGUCAGUUUGCAGCCUGAUGGAUGUGAACUUAUGGAGGAAGAUGAGGUUUUUUUUUUCCUCUAAUUGGACUUUAGCAUCGAUCAGAUCUUUAAAGGUUCCUCCAGGUUUC